AUGUCAGAGCCAACUAAACAAGACGAGCUGUCCUCCACCGAUGUGGAUGCUCUUGAUUACUCUUCCAAAGACAGUCAGUCUGAUAUGAUUGCUAUGGAUAGCGCCAAACCCACACCUCUUGUUGUGGUCCUUGUUUGUCUCGCGUCGAUCUCAGGUUUUAUGUUUGGCUAUGAUACGGGAUACAUCUCUUCUGCUCUUGUUUCUAUUGGAACCGAUUUGGGUAAGAACCUUACCUACGGUGAAGAAGAGUUUAUCACCGCCGCUACUUCUCUGGGUGCUCUUAUCACCUCAGUAGUUGCAGGUCCAAUGGCAGAUAUCUUUGGCAGAAAGCCUGUCUUGAUGUUCUCAAACACACUUUUUAUUGUCGGCGCUAUUAUCCAAUGCGCGGCUGAGACUGUUUGGACUAUGAUUGCAGGUAGAUUUGUUAUGGGUUUUGGUGUUGGUAUUGGCUCUCUCAUUGCUCCUCUCUUUAUCUCGGAGCUUGCUCCUUCUAGAUUUAGAGGACGUCUGGUUAUCCUCAAUUGUAUGGGUAUCACUUGUGGUCAGCUUAUUGCCUAUGCUAUUGGUGCAGGACUGACCCAUGUGAACAAUGGCUGGAGAAUACAGGUCGGACUUUCCAUCGUUCCUCCAGCUAUUCAGCUUGCAGCUUUCCUGUUCUUGCCAGACACCCCAAGAUUCUUGAUCUCCAAGAACAAGCUGGAAAAAGCUGCCAAGGUCAUUGCCAGAACUCACCACGGCGCUACGGCAACCCUCAUUCACAUGAAGAUUGCCGAAAUCCAAAGCAUCAAUUCCUCUUUGGAGGGAAAGAACGUGUGGCAGAGAACAUGGAAUGGUAUCAAGAAAAUCCACAGCGUGCCUUCAAACUUCAGAGCGCUCAUUAUUGCUUGUGGAUUGCAAGGUAUCCAACAGUUCACUGGUUUCAACUCUCUCAUGUACUUUUCCGCCACGAUUUUCAAGGCCAUUGGUUUCGACAACUCCACUGCUGUGUCCAUCAUCGUCUCUGGUACUAACUUCCUCAUGACUAUUGUUGCGUUCUUCAUCAUCGACAGAGUGGGCCGUAGAAAGAUGCUGCUGUUCUCUCUUCCGAUCAUGAUGAUCGCUAUGGUCAUUUGUGCCAUUGGCUUCCAUUACGUCGACCUUAAGUUUGAGCACCACUCUGUCGAGCUUGAAGGAGGAGUCAGUAGCUGGGGCUAUGUUAUCAUGGUGUUUAUGAUCGUUUAUGUUGCUGGAUACGCUAUUGGCAUUGGUAAUGUCCCAUGGCAACAGUCCGAACUUUUCCCUCAAAACGUUAGAGGUACAGGUGCAUCUUACGCUACUGCAACCAACUGGAGUGGUUCUUUGGUCAUUUCUGCCACGUUUUUGACCAUGCUUGAGAACAUCACCCCUACCGGAACGUUUGCAUUGUUUGCAGCACUAACUGCUGUGUCGAUUGUCUUUGUCUACUUUGUUUACCCAGAACUGUCUAAUCUGGCAUUAGAGGAGACCCAGAACCUGCUCAAGGGAGGAUUCAACAUCAAGGAGUCUUUGGCAUUGGCUGAGAAGAGAAAGCACCAGAAGCUUUCUCCUGCUGGCUCUAUAGACAAGCUUGACCUGGAACACAUUGACGAAGUCCAGCGUGUCCAAUAUGCAUGA